ACCGGGAAAACAUAACAUAAAUGUCAUGAGAGCAAACAUAACCUCUUUAACCUAACUAUUUCUAAACCAAAAUAUUCAACAUAACUUAUUUAAUAAUGAAGUAAAAAGUGUUAAUUAACAAUUUAUAGUGGAAUUUGAGCGUAAAAUAAGUAAAUAUAUUCAAAUAUCGCUAAUUUGAAACCACGUUUGAAAUAUUUGAACUGUCUAUAAAAAGACGUUACAAAUGGAAUCAAAAAUUAAAAUAAUACUUUGUGGGGAUGUCGAAGGGAAAUUUAAUACUUUUUUUAAUAAAAUCGAAAACAUUAAUAAGAAAUCCGGCCCGUUUGAUCUCGUCUUGUGCGUUGGAAAUUUUUUCGGAAUUAAUAAUAAAGAGUUUGAUGACUACAAAAAAGGAAUUAAAAAAGUUUCAGUACCUACAUACGUAUUAGGUCCAAAUAAAGAAGAGGCAUUAGAUUUAUUCAAUGAAGAAACAGAACUUUGUCAAAAUGUGUCUUAUUUAGGAAAACGAGGUUUAUACAUAACCACAAAUGGUGUUAAAAUAGCUUAUCUAAGCGGAAUUUCCUCACAAAAUAAAACUACAAAAGAUUUUAAUUUUUCUUUGGAGGAGAUUUUAGCUUUAAAAGAUGUCUGCGUUAAAGAUAAUCAUGAUUAUCGUGGUGUCGAUAUACUUUUAACCUCACAAUGGCCAAAUAAAGUCAACAAUUUAACUAAAGAUGAAAUUAACGUUCAAAAUGGUUCCGACUUUAUUUCUUGGUUAGCGAUGCAAUUAAAACCACGUUACCACAUCUGCGGGUUAGAAGGAAUACAUUAUGAAAGAAGUCCUUAUAGAAUUAAUCCAAAAGAUUCGUCAUUAUUUAGCACGGUAACGAGAUUUAUUGGUUUAGAUAGAGUGGGGAAUCCUCAAAAACACAAAUGGAUUUAUGCGCUUCAAUUGAAACCAGUUGACAAAAUGAAUGAAAUGGAAUUUUCGCAAAAAACCACCGAUGAAACUGAAGCGCCUUACGAUUUAAACGAUAUCGAAAAUAAAAUUUUACCUCCAACAGUUAAAAGAAAACACGAAUCACAACAAUAUUUUUAUGAUAUGAACGCACCUAGUGAAACGAAAAAAGAAAAACGAAAUAAUAAAAAGCAAAAAAUUGAUUUUGAUAAAAGCAAAUGUUGGUUUUGUCUUUCAAGUCCAUCUGUCGAGAAGCAUUUAAUAAUUACCGUUGGUACAAAUGUUUAUGUGGCUUUAGCUAAAGGUGGAAUUGUUGAAGAACACCUUUUGAUAUGCCCGGUUCAACAUUAUCAAAGUGCAAUUCAUCUUUCCGAUGAUACUUUGGAUGAAAUUGAGGCUUUUAAAGAUGCCAUAACGAAGUUUUAUGGCCGAAAUGAUCAAGUUCCUGUAUUUUUUGAACGAAAUUUUAAAACUUCUCAUAUGCAAGUUCAAUGCGUUCCGAUUCCUAAGGAAGCUCAGAAGGAAUUAUCAGAGAUAUUUCAGGAUGAAGCUGAAGGUCACGGCUUUAAACUUGAAGAAUUGGACGAUUCAAACCGUCUCAAUCAAGUUGUGUCAUCUUCUUCGCCGUAUUUCUUUUUAGAAUUACCAUCUGGAAGAAAAUUUUACACGAGAAUACAAAAAUCAAAAGAUUUCCCAAUCAAUUUUGGUCGCGAAGUUUUGGCAUCUGGCCCUAUUUUAGACAAAAUGAAUCGCAUCGAAUGGAAAGAUUGCAUUUUAAAUCGCGAGGAGGAAGAUUUAUUGGUGAAAAAUUUACGUAAAGAAUUCGAACCAUUUGAUGUCAUUGACUCUUAAUACUUAAUAAUUCUUUUAGAUUAUAAUAAGAUUAUUAUUGAAAGUGUAAAUAAAUGUUUAAACACAAA